GCACUUUGGAUUUUUGAAAUGCCCAAAGUACGUAAAUAUUUCCCCAAAUUACGGAUUUGGCGUUAUAGAACCACUCCAAUCAAAAAUUUUAAAGGUUUAUAUCUGCUUGGAAAAAGAAGAUUUGGCAAACGUUUCCACAACCUCGAAAGUUUUGUUUUUCAAGUUAACCAUAACAACGAUUAAGCAAUUGGGUUCUGUUGAAAAGAAAUUUGAUUUAAAAGCUUAUAAAAAAACGCUCAAUUUAAUGGAAUCCGUUUUGAAUCAAUCCAAAAAAGAGGAUGUCUUAGAAACGGAAAUGAAUAAUUCUUUGAUUCGGUUAAAAAACGAUGAAGAAUUUAUGAUGUACCUCGAAAACAUAAAAUAUUUACAACACGCCGAAGACGAAGAAUAUCGAGUGGAAGAAGAAAAUACUAUUACUUUCGAAAUUACUCAAUCAGCGGAAUCGAACGAGAUUUCGAGGCACUUAACAAGCUUAAUUUCUAUCGAUAAAAGUUUAAAACGUGACUCAAUUUACUUCGUUUGCGAAUUAACGGAGAAUUGGUCGAAAUUAAGCCACGAAUGGUUAAUUUUACCCAACACACCUUGCGGAUCUUAUUCAAUGUUCAACGUUGGGCUGACUUCCACGCCGCCGAAACCAACGAAAAAGGGAGAAAAAUUAAUCGUGGGGCAAUUCGAGAUUUUCUGCGAUAAUAAUUUGAUCCAAGUCGAACCGAGAUGUGGGGAAAUUAAACCGAACGAG